AUGUCUGUUCAACGUCGCAAGAAAUCUAAUAGAUCUAAUGAAUACCGUAAACUUAAACGUGAACAAGCAUUAAAAGAAUUAGAAGAUCUCGAAACAAGAUGUCAGAAUUUGUCACCAGAUUCGAUAUAUGGAAGAUUUAUUGAGUUGCCCUUAUCCCCUUUAACCCAACAAGGUCUACAGCAAUCGAAUUACGUCGAAAUGACGGAAAUUCAGCGUAAAGCCAUACCAAUUGCUUUACGCGGUCGUGACCUUUUGGGUGCCGCGAAGACUGGUAGUGGCAAGACAUUAGCUUUUCUUAUUCCAUUGAUUGAAUCAUUAUAUAGAAAAAGUUGGUCACAAUUGGAUGGAUUGGGUGCUUUAGUUAUAGCACCAACACGAGAAUUGGCGGUUCAAAUAUUCGAGAUUCUUCGAAAAAUAGGAAGAAAGCAUUCUUUGUCAGCUGGUCUCGUGAUAGGUGGAAAGGAUGUAAAUAUCGAACAGGAACGUAUAAAUAGGAUGAACAUUCUCAUUUGUACUCCUGGACGUUUAUUGCAACAUAUGGAUCAAACUGUAAACUUCAAAUGCGAUAAUCUCCAAGUAUUAGUGCUGGAUGAGGCGGAUCGUAUUCUUGAUUUGGGUUUUGAAAAGACUAUAAACGCCAUAAUUGAAAAUUUACCAAAGGAGCGACAGACUUUGUUAUUUUCCGCAACCCAAACAAAAUCUGUUAAGGAUUUAGCUCGAUUAAGCCUUCAGGAUUCCGAAUAUAUUUCUAUAGUUGAAGAGUCGAAACAUAGCACACCAACUAAUUUAUCACAACAUUAUUUAGUUUGUGAAUUACCUCAAAAAUUGGAUAUCUUGUAUUCAUUUAUUAAAUCUCAUUUACAAGUGAAAGCCCUUGUAUUCUUCUCUAGUUGCAAGCAGGUUCGAUUUGUGUUUGAAACUUUUUGUAAAUUGCAUCCAGGAAUUCCAUUACUUCACUUGCAUGGCAAACAAAAGCAAACCAAACGAUUGGAAAUUUUUAAUAAAUUUUCUUCAAUGAAAUUUGCAUAUUUGUUUGCUACUGAUAUUGCAUCAAGAGGUUUGGAUUUCCCCGCCAUUGAUUGGGUAAUACAAGCAGACGCUCCAGAAAAUGCUGAAACAUAUAUUCAUAGAGUUGGACGAACAGCAAGAUACGAGGCUUCGGGUCAAGCUUUAUUAUUUUUGCUGACAAGCGAAGAACAAGGAAUGAAAGCGUCUUUAGAUAGAAAAAAGGUGCCGAUUGACAUGAUUAAAGCAAAGUCCAGCAAGACAUUUAGCAUUCAAAACCAGUUGCAAUCGCUAUGUUUCAAGGAUCCUGAAAUUAAAUACCUUGGACAAAAAGCAUUUAUAUCAUAUAUGCGAUCAGUAUAUUUGCAAAGUGAUAAAUCCAUAUUUAAAGUAGAUGAAUUACCUGCAGAGGAAUUUGCUGCUGCUCUCGGAUUGCCCGGUACUCCAAAAAUAAAAUUCGUCAAG